AUGGGUGACAUACAAGGCCUGAUCGACGAAAAGCAAGUAGCUCUGUUCGAUGCCUUUGAUCAGCUGUCACGCCUGGGCUCCGACAACAAGAUGGAGAUUCCCCAGAUGAUUGUGGUAGGCGAUCAGAGCAGCGGCAAGACCUCCACUUUAGAAGCGAUCACUCGGUUUCGAUUUCCAACAGGUGGGGAACUCUGCACCAGGUUCCCGACCAAGCUCAUACUCAGGAACUCCAGCAAGGAGCGGAUCUGUCUCUCCAUUGAGCCUGGAAUCACACGGACGACGGUGGAAGAAAGAGAGGCUCUGAUGAAAUUCAAUGGCACCACUGAACUUGGAGUCUAUUCUGGGACCACUUCCAACAAAAGUGCAAGCUCAGCGUCCACGAGCCACCAAGUGUUGAGGAAUUCCACCGACGACAUCCUCAGGGUCGAGAUAGAUCAACCUAAUCUGCCUAAUCUCGACCUACUGGACCUGCCGGGCGUCUUCCAACUCGGCAAAGGUACCGUCACUGAGCAGGACAGGAAAACAGUCGAAAAGAUGGUCGAGAUGCAUAUUCAGUCACCAAGGAAUGUGGUUCUGUUUGUUUGUUCCGCUCCGGCGUCCUUGGAGAACUCCGCCACAGGGCGAAUCAUUAACAUCAUGCUGGAGACCGACUCAAACCUGCUGAACCGUGUAGUCGGUGUCAUCACGCAACCAGCCAAGGCCACACAUCAUCUUCCACAAGUCCUAAACAUGCUUGGAGCUAAGGGCCAAAUGAAUCGAAAAUUUGGAUGGCAUGUGAAGGGGAUCAAAGCUCUCAGAGAGACACUGAAGGCUGCGCUCUGGAACCACGCCACAAGGGAGCUCCCAAACCUCGUUAGCGAGGUUGAGCAAAAGCUUGCAAAUGUCAAAGCUGAACUCGCAACCACCGAUCGAUCGAGAAGCACAGAGCGGGAUCAGCGGAAGUACCUUAAUGAGAUUGCUGGAAAGUUUCAAGCCCUGACCAGAGAGGCUUGCCGAGUACGGCGGCCCGCGUGGACCACUGUCUCAUGCAACUUGGUUUUUGAGAAAAUCGAUCAUUGCACCACCAGCACAUCCAUGGAACAUCGACUUAACCUUUUACAUAUUGAUUUAUCUGACGCUAUCCUGUUCCGAGGUACAUACUACGAUGAGCGACCACAGGAGUUUUACAAGGUCGGCUCUACUUACAAGACCCGUGAAAAGUUCUUCCCCUGUGUUGAUGAUGGUCGCCCUGAGAGCGUGGACAAACUUCUUCGCGGUAAUGUCCGAUCGUUGAACGAGGCAUUCGUCAGGGUGAUGCGCGAAUUUGGCAAGACCAAGGUCCUGGCCGAUCAGGCUAGUACCCCGGGCGAUGUGACGGAUGAGACUCAAAUUCCAACUCGGCAGGAGGUCCAGGUCCAAGGGUUUGCAGCGCGGAAAGACUUGCAGACCUUCUAUGGACCUAUCAAGCGGGAGUCGGUCACGAUCACUCAGUGUGAGUUUGAAAAUUGGCUGAACCAACUUAUCGAGAGAUGGAGUGGACAAGAACCUCGGGGCGAGGCCAGUACCGCCCUGGUUUCUCGUCUUUUGCAAUACCAAUCGUGUCAUUGGUCUGAGAUUGCCAAAAACCACCUCCUGGCCGUCUGGAGAACAGUUGAGACGUUCAUUAACCUGGCGCUGGCCGCUACCUGCAAUGAGAAUGAUGUGCUCAAAGCCUUGAAGAAGUACAUAAUCGAUGAAGAGGUCGAGAAACUCCAGAAAGAAUCGUUCGUAAAGAUGCAAGAGCUUCUCAACUGCCAUGCACAGGACAAUACAGGCUUCUACGACAGCUGUGACGUAUUUGAAGACCAGAGGCUCCUGGAUAUUACCAGGUUGGCCUCAGCCACGCGGAGGUUCUUUCGCGGCAAGGAUUCCCAUCACGGCAAGUUCGUCCCUGACAAGGUCAUCGAUCUCCUGAUCUCAAUGCUUGGAGGUGGCUUCACUCCUAGGCGUGUCAUCAGAGACAUUGCUAUUCCCACGUUCCAGCGUCUUCUGAGGGAAUAUGCCGGCUAUGAAAGCGUCGACGAGGGCGGGAAUGAAAGUGACCAUGAAAUUGGCGAAGAGCGUGGGAGGCAAACCACAGCUGCACGUGUCAUUGAGCACGUAGAAUCAUACUAUAAGGUAAGCAUGAUAUCGUUCGUGGGUUAUGUUAACUCCAUGAUCGUCGAGAAUGGAAUUCUUGCUCGGCUCCCGAUGGAUAUUCUCAGCCAAACGACCAUCGAGAACAAAACCGCGGAAACCAUAAAGAAAAUAGCUGGGGAAAAGGAAGCCGCUGCUAAACGGCGAGAGCGAGCCCAGAAAGAUUCUCUGGUGCUAAGCAAGACAGUGGAGACACUGAGAGGUUACCUGCAGAGUGAAUGAAAAGCAACUGUCGAGUUCAUUCAUAAGGAGAUGAUGGGGACAUUGAGUCGUAACGACAUAGCUUAACUGUGGAUGUACGGAGUAUUCAAAGACAAAG